AUGGAGCUCAAGUGCCUUUUGAUGUGGCUCUUGCUUGGAUCCGUCACGGGGAACAAGCCAGAAGAAUGCCCAACUCUUCCAAGGACUGCAUUUGUUGACGUUACUGCUAAAGCGUAUCCACUGGGGACCAAACUGUUUUAUAAAUGUGAUGAUGGCUACAUGAGAAGAAGUGGCCAGUACUUGGGAAUUCGGUGUCAGAGUAUACAUCAGGUUGCUUCUUGGGUCUACAAGGACUUUGAAUGCAUUGAUAAGAAAAUUUUGUUGUCAACGGCUCCCACAAUGGAGUUAGAUUUUACAGUGACGCCAGAAAGAAAAACACAGAGCCCUGCACCCCAGAAGCAAGAAAACCUUUCAGAGUUUGGCCAGAAAGAUUUUUGUGGUCCCCCCAAGACUAUUCCACAUGCCUCUUUAAGCCUGGACAAACGGUAUCGUGUGGGGCAAGUAUUACAUUUCAAAUGCCAGAGCGGUUAUGAUAAGCGAUCCCCCACUUCUGGCACCAGCACGUGCAAGAAGGUGAAUGGCAAAGUCAUUUGGACCCCCCUCGACAUACGCUGCGCCAAUGACAGCAGCUAUAGCGACGACUGGCUGCCACAGACUAUUGAGCCAGGUUCAACUCCUCCAUCCUUUUCCUCAUCAGUGAUACUGCCAGUGACAGCUGUAUUUUACCUCUUGGUAGGGCAUAUUGGGCCACUGGGGAAAUGUUUGUAUCCAAGGCUUGAUCCUUCAACACAACAUGCAGAGAGCAUGUGGAAACCCACAGGACCCAUCCUGGGAGCAAACCACCACCGCUGGAAGAGGCUGUGGCCAAAGGGACUCCGUCGCUGUUGUGCUUUCUCUGCAGAUGCUCUCACUUGUUUUACAUGA